AUGCAGCUUAUCAACAACGCCGUCUACGCCGUUACUGUGCUGGCCACCCUUGCGGCAGCCGUCCCUGGCCCAAUUGUCGCUAGGGGUGAGGAGUUCCCCGUCUUCAAUGGCGAGAAAUCCGUCAUGGUUUCAACCGAGCCCUCUGCGGAGACCGGCAACGUCUUGGUGGCCAUGGCCGAAGGGGACGUCGACUGCAAGGGCUCUGCCUUUUGCGAAAGACUCGGCGGGAGCUGCGACGAUGCUUAUCGCAAGGUGAUUCCCAGCAAUACCUACAGCACCUACCUCGAUGGCACCUGCGGUCUUUUUCUCGGCGGCUCCCACUGUGAAGUCAUGGGCCAGGAUUUGAUGGACGCCUACAAUGACAUUCGCAACCGAGGCCAUUGCGCCCAUUGCGGACGCAAGCAGAUUGCCAACGGCUGCAUGAUCAAGAUUGACCGGGUGACGGGUUGCUAA